CGUUUGCUUCCUACCUUCGCUCCAAUACAUUAGCCUUACGCCCUCUUCUUUUCCUUCUUUUGCCCUCCUUCUCUCUGCCCUCUUGAUCUGUCUGCUCUCCCUCGUCCUAAUUGUGUCAAUCCUCACGCGGGUUCCAGCCGCGUCGCUCGGGCUUACUCCGCGCCUUCCCCGCUCUAGAACCGACGGUACUUAUCGAUAUCGCGCCGUCACCAUCCAGCCCGCGAACGGCCCAUCUCACUACUCGUAAUCGUCGUUUUCCUCCUUCCCACACGCUUUGAGCGAGACAGAGUCCGUGAGAUCGGCCUCGUGAGGGUUUCGUCGAUAUCAAUCCUCUAUAACCUGUUUAAACCUCUUCUCCUUUCCUCACCUCGUCAAUCCGCUUCCUCCCGACCGAACGACUGCAUUUGGCUCUCCUCAAGUCUUUCUCCGAAGACACUGCCAUUCACCAUGGAGCAGCCCCUUUCUAUCGAUUCGGUCGUGGUCGACACCAUCGUCGACAAUGGCACGACACCCGUCGACCCUUCUACUCCACGAACGGAGGCCAUCCCGAUCGACCGACCGAAAUUAAAAGGUCGCAAACGACUUAUACAAGGACUUCAGCGGAUGAGCUCUUCACCGAGCCUGGCUGGAAUAUCGAGAGCACGAUCGCAGAGCUUGAGGAGCCCAGGAAAGCCUUCCAUGUCGUGCGUCUCGCUAGCAUCACCAGGCUCGCCUUAUGGCCAUUCCUACGGCAGCUCCUACUCUUCCGAGCUCUCUGCUGGCUACUCCACCGCACCUACCUCAGUAGCAGGCAGUCCCUUGGGGAGCCCGAUCUUCGAUGAGAAGACCAGGCUGCGGAUGUUCACACCUGGGGCAACAUCAGUACCUCUUCCAUCCGAGCUUCGAACUGCAUCGAGCCACGGCUUGGCCGAGGCGGGAGACUAUUUUUCGCGUCCAGUGCAGAAGAAGAUCCAGCGAAGGCCAAACUUCAAUUUUUGGGGAGACAUGCCUGCCGAAAUCCGGAUGCAGAUCCUGCAAUACUUGAAACCCAAGGAGAUUGUUCGCUGCUCGUCUGUUUCCAAGUCAUGGCAUGCUAUGUGCUAUGACGGUCAACUUUGGAGCCAAUUGGAUACUGCCGAUUACUACAGAGACAUUCCCGCCAAUGCUCUUGUUAAUAUCAUCACCGCAGCCGGACCUUUUGUACGCGACCUAAACUUGAGGGGAUGCUUGCAGCUCCGAGAGAAGUGGAAUGCCAAAGGACUUGCCCAAGCCUGCCAGAAUCUGGAGAACUUCUCUCUCGAAGGGUGCCGCAUCGAUCGUACAUCUAUCCAUUGUUUCCUCCUACAGAACAGCCGACUCGUCCACAUCAACCUGUCUGGUCUUGCGGGAGCAACAAAUGCCGCGAUGAAGAUCAUCGCAUCCAAUUGUCAGAGAGUGGAACACUUGAACAUCUCGUGGUGCAAUAAUAUUGACACCCGCGGCUUACGAAAGGUAGUUGAAAGCUGCACUCGCCUGCGUGAUCUUCGAGCCGGUGAGGUCCGAGGUUGGGAUGAUAUCGAAUUCAUGUCCGAACUAUUCAAGCGUAAUACCCUGGAGCGUCUCGUACUCAUGAACUGCGAUACCCUCAAUGAUGAAUCCCUCGCUGUCCUCAUGCAGGGCAUUGACCCGGAGAUCGAUUUACUCACUGACCGCCCUGUUGUUCCGCCACGAAAGCUCAAGCAUCUCGAUCUUACCCGCUGCCGCGGCAUCACGGACGAUGGUGUGCUAAAAAUGGUGGACAAUGUUCCGCACCUCGAAGGCCUGCAGGUCUCCAAGUGCCACGGCCUCUCGGACACGUCACUAGUGGCUCUUCUUCCCACAUGUCCCAUGCUUACCCAUUUGGAUUUGGAGGAGCUUGAUGACCUAACAAAUGAAGUCCUCAGAUGCCUUGCCGCGUCUCCAUGUGCUAGCGUUCUCCGACACUUGUCCAUCUCGUACUGUGAGAACUUGGGAGACUCUGGAAUGCUUCCUAUUCUCAAGAGCUGCUCGACUCUGUCAUCAUUGGAGAUGGACAACACCCGCAUCUCAGAUCUCGUCCUCACCGAAGCUGCAUCUAGUAUCAGGACACGCAAUCGAUCUGCCAGGAAUCUGACUGGCUCUGAAAGACCACGCGUCGGGUUGCGCAUCGUGGCGUACGACUGUGCGAACGUAACAUGGACGGGAGUGCGCGAGGUGCUUUCCCGGAACGCCGAGAUAUCACGUCCUCCCGCCACCUCCGCAGAUACAACGCCCACUUAUCCCAGAGAAAUCAUUGGACUGAAAUGCUUCUACAAUUGGCAACCCACUGUUGAGGAACACACAAAGCGCGUUCUACGAGGCGACUUUGCUGCUGCCGCUCGCUUAGAGCGUAAGUGGGCUGACUGGAUGAUGUUAAAUGAAGAAGCAGGCGUAGGAGGGGCUGGAGGCCGAAGACGCAGAAGAAGAGCCCGGGAAGCUCAAUUGUUGCACGCCGACGAAGAAGAAGGAGGGGCUGGCCCCGCAGGUGCAGGUCGGCGGCGACGAGCUCGAAGUGGUCCUGGAGGCUGCACUGUUAUGUGAGCGACACAUCUACACUACAUUCUUGCAUAUUCCAGCGGCAUCGCAGAAUCUCGCUCCAUAUUCUGGGCUGAAUACCAGACUUGAUUUCGACUCCAUAUUUACUUUUCUUUUGCUGUCUGCAUCAGUCAAUAUUUUCUCAUGUAUUAGGCGGGGACUGGAGUGUUUGUUCUGGGCAUUAUCAUGGGUUCAUUCAAGGGUGAUCGAUAUGAUUUAUUUCAUCUGUUUUUCAUGUAAAUAGCAUUUUUUCGGCAUCAGCUAUGGGGGCGUUUUACUUUUCUUUGGUUUUCUCUGGGUUCAUGCUUUGAUAGCUUGUUGCGGAGAAGUUGCGGUGACAAUUGAGAGAAAUUGUUCAACUGGGGAGGAGAAGUGAGCUCAGCUCUUUACUCCAAUUGGAUAAACUUGAAU